GUGAACUGUCAAACAUGUUUUUGCUUAAUUAAACCAAUGAAACUUUAAACUUUGGUUCAUGCAUUUUUACAAACUAACGGAAUAAUAACUGUCAAAAAUGUCGUUCAAUUUUCUAUCGGUAAGCGAACGGUUCAAACCGAUCCGUAUAACUGGCCCUUUAGUUGGUGGUACAAUGGCCACCAAAUCAACUGCGAGUGAAUCAGAAGAUGAGAGUUUUGAAUAUGAUUCAGAUUAUGCACGGGAAUUUCAGGAACGUGAAAAUAAUGAGGCAUUGGCUCAAGCAUCUGGUAUCAAGACAAAUUUGUCAUCUUUAUCUAUAAAAUCGGAAGAAGUAGAUAAUCGUACCGAAGGUAUAAAUGAUGUUGAAGAUUUUACAACGGUAACAUAUAAAGGAACCAGUAUUAUAAAUGAUAAUUUAUGUCAGAUUUAUAAAAAUUAUAAUUUCAAUUAUAAUUGUCAAGAAGAUUUACCGAUAAAUUCAAUGAAAGAAAAAAUUGUUUCAAUGGUUGAAAGUAAUCAAGUGGUAGUGAUUGAAGGUGCCACAGGUUGUGGUAAAAGUACACAAGUGCCACAAUUUAUUUUGGAUAGCUAUCGAAUACAAAAUAAACCUUGUAAUAUCGUUGUAACCCAACCGAGACGAAUAGCAGCCAUGAGUAUUGCACGACGUGUUGCUGAUCAAAGACAUUGGCCGUUAGGUUCAGUUGUUGGUUAUCAAAUUGGUUUAAAUCGUGAAAUUGGCGAGGAAACUAUCUUAACUUUCAUGACAACUGGUGUAUUAUUACAGAAAUUAAUUUCCUCACAAAAUUUGAACGAAUUUACACAUAUUAUUCUCGAUGAAGUACACGAACGAAAUAAGGAUAUGGAUUUUUUAAUGUUAGUUGUUCGGAAAUUUUUACGGACUAAUUCUAGGAAUGUGAAAGUUAUUCUUAUGUCAGCAACAAUUAAUAUUGAAAAAUUUUCACAGUAUUUUUCUGUGCCAAUAUUUGGUGCGUUAGUUGAAGCACCUGUUAUUACUAUACAAAAACGUAGUAAACAUCAAACGCAAAUAUUUUAUUUAGAAGAAUUAGAUGCAUUAGGUCCACAACCGGAAAUAAUAGUUGAUAAUCCAACAAUUGAAAAAGAAAUGUAUCAAAUAUGCGCAAAAUUAAUUAAAGUUAUGGAUCGUUUAGAUACGGAAUGUACAUAUCCAGGUACCGUUUUGGUGUUCCUACCCGGUAUACAUGAAAUUGAAGAACUUGACGGAAUUUUAAAACAAGAUAUAUAUAAAUCAAGUGUACAAUAUGAAAUUAUUCCAUUACAUUCAACAAUCACUACAGAAGAACAACGUAAAGUUUUUAUUCCACCACGAGAAGGUAUUCGAAAAGUGAUACUAUCUACAAAUAUUGCAGAAAGUUCAAUUACUGUACCCGAUAUAAAAUAUGUGAUUGAUUUUUGUUUAACGAAAGAUUUACAAUACGAUACAAAAACCACUUUCACAUGUUUACAAUUAAAUUGGGCAGCGAAAACAAAUUGUAAACAACGUGCUGGACGAGCUGGCCGUGUUGCUGAUGGUCGAGUUUAUCGCCUUGUGCCUAAAUAUUUCUAUGAUGAUUAUAUAAAACCAGAAACAGUUCCAGAAAUGUUACGUUGUCCUUUGGACAUAUUAAUAUUGUUAACAAAACGUAUGAAUUUAGAUCGAUCACCUAAAGAGAUAUUAGCUUUAGCUUUAGAUCCACCACGAUUAGAUCAAAUUGAGCGUACAAUGUUAGUAUUAAAAGAGGUUGGUGCAUUAUUGUUAACGUAUAAUGGUGAAUGGUGUAAAAUGGAUGGUGAUUUAACAUAUUUUGGUCAUGUAAUGGCUAUGCUACCAUUAGAUAUUAAAUUAACGAAAAUGAUUAUUUUGGGUUAUUUAUUUAGUUGUUUGGAAGAUGCAAUUAUUAUGGCGGCUGGUAUGAGUACGAAAAAUGUAUUUAGUACACCGUUCAAGGAGGGUAUGAAUGCUUAUAAUUCGAAAUUAAGUUGGGCAGAUGGUUCCUGUAGUGAUUUAAUUGCUAUAUUGAAUGUGUAUAAAGUCUGGCGCAAUCAUACACAAGGUACUGUAUUUACAACAAACACAAAAAGUAAGCGUGAACAAAUAGCUGCGUGGGGCCGACGUCACUAUUUACAACAUCGUGUACUCGAUGAAAUGCAUCAAUUAAUAUUAGAGAUAAAGACUCGUUUAAAAUCAUUUAAUAUUAUUGAACAUCAUGGAGGCGUUCAAUGGAAGGAAAUUGAAAAACCACUUGUACUCAAAGUUGUUAUAUGCGGUGCAUUCUAUCCAAAUUAUUUUGUUCAUGUGCCAAAUCAAAUAGAUGAACGUGAAGCGGUCAAAACACUUGGUGGCCGUACACCUAAUAAUACCGUAUAUUUACAAGGUUUUGAUUCAAGACAACCUGGACCAUUAUAUGCCAGUGCUAUUAAAAAGGAAAUGCAAUCUUGUGGUACGGAUAUGAUUGUUUCAUUUGAUUGUAGUAAUAAAGUAUACAUUCAAUUUCGAUGUCAUGAAAGGGAUCCUGCAUCGAUACGUGAUGGUAAACAUAAUUUUCAAGGAGUUAUGCCUGGUAAUGUUGCUUUAGAAGUGUAUCGAGCUGUUCGUCGUCGACAACUUUACAAAGGUAUUACAAUUCCAAUCCUUCCUGUCGAAGAAGCCUUAUCACGAGCAAAAAAACUUGGCUUAAAUGAUUUAAGAACAAGUAAUUUAUCUCAAGCAACUUCAUGCACACCAGAAUUACCUGGUUUAGAAAUAUCAUUAAUCACAAUCCGUAUUUCGCAUGUCAUAGAUCCAGGUCAUUUUUGGGUACAAAAUGUUGGAUUUCAAUACGAUGAAAUAUUAUCAGAAAUUGGUAAAAUCUUAUCGAAAAAAUUAAUACCAGUGACGUUAGCUAACGUAGUAGUUGGUGAAAUUUACGCUGCACCAUUUGAAGGUGCAUAUUACCGUGUGCGUUGUAUUGGAGUUAUACCUUUAAAAAAUGGUAAAUAUUGUGUACAAGUAUUUUAUGUCGAUUAUGGAAAUAUUUCUGAUGUUCCUGUUGAAGACUUACGAAUUCUACCACCAGAUUUAUUAAAUUAUCCAGCACAGGCAUAUGAAUGUGUUUUAUGUCAAUUGAAACCAUCAAUUUUGUUACAUAAUCGUGCUGAAUGGACUGAUAAAGCUCAUGAUUUAUUUUAUAAUUUAACUCAUGAUCGUAUUUUACUUGCAAAAGUAUAUUCUGUGACACAAGGUAUAGUAUCUAUUGAAUUAUUAGAACCAGCCGAAGAAAGACCAUCGCGAAUAAAUAAAAAAACAUUACGACCGAUGAAUGGACAAGUACCCACGGAACGUAGUAUAAAUCAAAUUUUAUUAGAUAAUGGAUACGCAACACCAUCGGAGGAAAGUUACUUAUCGAAAUGGAAUCAUGAAAUGCGUGAAGCUCAAUUAAAUAUGGAAAAAGAUCAACGUGAAAAAUAUAAUAUUCAACAAGCAGAGUAUGCAACAAUUUUUAAUGCACUUACACAAGAUGUUCCCUCACCAACGGCUCAAGAAUGUCGACGUAAAUUAACGUUAAGAGGACCAUUUAGUCCUUUAGAGACUCGAGUUUAUGGUGUAAAUGUUUCAAGUCAUGGACACACAAUUAGAGUUGAUCCUGAUUCAGUGAAUACAGUUUUAUUGGAUUCGGAACCACAAGAUUCACAUGAACGAUUAUUGGUAGCAUCAAGUGUUACGUCAAAUCAAGCCGGGACAAAUUUAACAUUACGUUAUACAACUUUAAUGCCAAAUUUACAUGGUUUCUCAGCAUUAAUGGCUUUACUAUUUUGUUAUAAAAUGGAAUUACGUACUACAGACGAUGGUACCAAGUAUGCGGCCGCAUUAUGUGGUUUAGGCUAUGAUAAAGAUACAAAUCGAUCAUUAUUUCGUGAUCAUGAUAUUUUAAUUAACAUCGAUGUUGACUUAACUACAAAUGAUAUAAAUUUAAUAAAUAGUUUACGAUAUUUUAUAAAUGCUGCGUUGUAUUUAGAAGAUUCUACACAACCGCCAUAUAAUCAAGAAGAGAAUUUUGCACAAUGUCAACGGAAUAUUCAAAUGAAAUUAUUGGAAUUGUUAAAUGUUCAACGGAAAUUCAUCGGAACGAAUAAUACACAAGUACAUAAAACUUCAUGGGGACAUUUCAAUGAUGUAACGAUAUUACAACCAGCUGAAUAUGCGAUUGAACCAUAUGCAAUUUAUCCAUUACAUGCGUGUAUUGAUUUAGAAGAGGAAGCACGAAAUAUUUCUUAUCAAAAAUGUUUAACGUAUCUUUUAAAUAUAUCACGGCGUGUUGAUAAGUUUCCACCUGCCGGAGUUACUUGUGAUAUUUGUGAUUUGACGGUAUUAAAUAUUGAUAGUUUAAGAAUACAUUUAGUAAGUGGCUUACACAAGCAGAAUUGUGUAAAGUUUGGAGUAAAUAUCGAAUAAUUUAAGAGAGUAUCCUGGUCUAGAAGCUUCAAUUGUAGGCACUUUUCAAACUAAGAUUAUAAGAAAUUGGAAAAAUGAAAAAUUCAUUUUUAUACCUUUUUUUUUUUUACUUUUUUGAAUAUUUUAUAAUACUUAAAAUUAAAAUUUUUUUAAAUCUGAAGUUUAGACGAUAUAGAGAUUUGUAAGGAAAAUCUCACCGAAUUUCAAACAAAUCGGUCGAGUAAAACUUGAGAUAUGUCAACCUCCUCCUAAAAUGUAGUUUCAAGAAAAACGCGUUUCAAGUUUCAGAGGCAAUUCCGGCAGAGUAACUCGAAUAAUAAUAUUACAUUUCCGAAAGUAAUUCGAAUUUUAAAAAAUUCGUUUAAAGGCAUGUUUUUAAGUUUUGCAUACGCUUUCGGCUUUUUGUCGAAUCCCUUUGGUUUUUUUAAAAAAUGCAUCAUCAAAAAAAAAAAAAAUUGUUGGUAUUUUUAAAUACAAAAAUGUUUCUAUUAAUAAUACUAACAACGUAUUUUGUUCCAAAUAUUUUUUCAAAAUCGAAAGGAUUCGAUCCAUAACCCGUUUUUGGAACUACGUUCAUACGAAAUUUUUGAUGCCAAUUGAUAAAGCUACGGACAUUUUAUUAUUAUACAUGCCGCAUUCUUUUAAGCGGAGAGAAUCAAAUGUUUCAUUUUAAUAUCUUUAAAAUUUAAUAUCUCAAUAUCAUUUUUCUUAAUCUCAUUUUAAUAUCUUAACCUCUGCUUUCUCCCCUGAAACAAUAUUUUUUCGUUUCAAGUUCUUUUAAUUGAUUUUUCAAUCGACUUCUAAAUUUUAUUCUGGAUGACUGUGUAGAGUUGGAGAAUGCUUUUUGAAGUGCUCACUAAUAUUUACGACGAUCGAAUGUGGAAGAUAUAAUAGUAGAAUACAUUUUACAUGAUAACUUU